UUAAAAGGACUCAUGGAUUCUACUAGUGGAACCAACAGGACAGCUGUUACUGAGUUCAUUUUACUGGACCUGGUGGAAACAAAAAAGUUACAGCCUGUGAUCUUCGUAACCUUCUUCUUUGCCUACCUGGUCACAGUUGGAGGCAACCUCAGCAUCCUGGCAGCAGUUGUGCGAGAGCCAAAACUCCAUACACCUAUGUACUUCUUUUUGGGCAAUCUAUCUGUGCUAGAUGUUGGAUGCAUCACUGUCACAGUUCCUGCAAUGUUAAGUCGUCUCUUGUCUCACAGGCCUACAAUUUCCUAUGAAUCCUGCCUCUCACAACUAUUCUUCUUUCACCUCCUGGCUGGGAUGGACUGCUUCUUGUUGACAGCCAUGGCCUAUGACCGAUUCCUGGCCAUCUGCCAGCCCCUCACUUAUAGCACACGCAUGAGCAAGACAAUCCAAAUUAUAUUGGUGGCUGUGUCCUGGGUAUGUGCCUUCUCCAAUGCUCUGACUCACACAAUUGCUCUAAGUACUCUGGACUUCUGUGGUCCCAACAAGGUUAAUCAUUUCUAUUGCGAUCUCCCACAGCUCUUCCAGCUUUCAUGUUCCAGCACUCAACUCAAUGAGAUGAUUCUCUUUGGAAUGGGGUUUCUAAUGGUAGGUACACCUGUGACUCUCAUCAUUACUUCCUAUAUUCAUGUGGUAGCUGCAGUUCUACGAAUUCGCUCAGCAGAGGGCAGGAAAAAGGCCUUUUUUACAUGUGGCUCCCAUCUCACAGUAGUUUUUCUUUUCUAUGGGACUGGUAUCUUCAACUACAUGCGUCUCGGGUCUGAGGAAGCCUCAGACAAAGAUAAAGGGGUUGGAGUUUUCAAUACAGUUAUCAACCCCAUGUUAAAUCCACUUAUUUAUAGCCUUAGAAACCCCGAUGUUCAGGGUGCUCUGUUACGGGUUCUUGUGGGAAAGCGGUCAUUGACCUGA